AUGUCAUCCCCAGGCUCGAACGAUGCCGAACAUGUUCGACAAACGCUCACGAAGCUCUCAGUAGCCGUUCGCGAGCUGACUCCAGCCGGCGCAAAGCAAGUUCCACAAAGCCCCGACCGCUUUAAUCUAUUGGCGCGUCCUACACACGGUGGCUGUCGUAUCUGUGGUCUUCCCGGCCACCAGUCCACCGACGUCCACCAUUCGGCAGCGUGUCGCGUUGCUCUUCUCUCGCUCAUCGGCUUCUGGGAGGAUAUCGCGGAUCACGUGGCCUUUCUCUACCAGUACUCCGAGCGAUUUCAGAAGGCCAUCCAAGCGAACGAGCCAACGUAUGUAAUGCGUCUUGACAACCGACCGCUGAAGGGUGGUGACAUGGAGGUCGUACUUGUAGAUCGGGGUAUCCGAGCAAAGGCCAAUGUGAUUCUUAAUGAAGAUGACUUGGCUAGAUAUGAGCGAGUGGCAAAGAAUCUGGAGGGGUUCUUCUUGGACGCGUUGACCCUGUCUGAUCUCUACGAGCGCAGUAUUGCGAUGGAGCAGUAA